CCGCUGUCUGGCAGGCUUUGUACUACAGAAUUACACAAAGAGCUGAACUAUCAUAAUUGUUAAUUUAAUUAGUCAUUGAUUUUAAUGUUUUAAAAUGGAUUACCGUGUGUUUCUAACACUGCUGUUUGUGCUGAGCGGCACGAUCAACGUUUUAUUGGCAAAAUGGACCAGCAUUCAACUCUUGGAAGGCAGCGAUAAGCAGCAGUAUCACUUUCAGCACCCUGUGGUAUUAACCCUGCUCAUGUUUCUGGGCGAGUAUUUGUGCUUUGCAGUUUACAAGAUCGUUCAUAUGCUGAUUGCACGACGCCCUCUCGGCGGAGACUCAGAUCUCAUUUUAACCGGUGGCAGCAAUGAAUUCCAUCCGCUAAGCAUGUUGUUGCCAUCUUUCUUGCGUACGAUUUCUUCCAUUUUGCUGUUUACGGGAUUGUACUUGACCUAUGCGACUAGCUUUCAAAUGAUAAGAGGUGUUGCGCUUAUCUUUGUGGGCCUGUUUAGUACCAUGUACUUAAACCAAACAUUGACUACUCGCCAUUGGCUGGCCAUCGUCACCAUGACGUGCGGCAUCGUUGACAUAUUGACCUUGGAUGUGCAGCGGGUUGAAUAUGAUAACCAAACGAUUCCGUAUACAGACACCAAUGCUAUUUUAACAGGCGAUUUAUUGAUUAUUAUUGCUGAAGUGUUGCACGCCUUUCAAUAUGUGUACGAAGAAAAGCACUUGAAAGCCUCCGAUAUGGUGCCCAUCCAGGCUGCUGGCUGGCAAGGGCUCUUUGGAAUUAUUAUCACCAUCUUAGCAGCCAUCUGCCUGAACUUUGUACCAAGUGUUGCGCCGUUUAAUGAGAGCUCGCAUGGCGUCUUUGAUGACAUUAGUGAUCUGAUUCCACAGAUACGUGGCAAUACGCUGCUAAUCCUUGCACUUGUCAGUUUUACCUGUUCCAGUGCCAUUUACAACUGUGUGGGAAUGUCGAUUGCUAAAUUUUCAUCCAGUGCUAAUCGUCUGCUCGCUGAUGGAAUUCGUGUCUACCUUAUCUGGGCGUUUGUCAUCUUUGCUGAGUGGGAAAUUAUGAAUCUCAUUACUCUAAUGGGUCUUCUCAUACUACAAAUGGGUAUUAUUAUGUACCGGCAGGCUAUCUUUCUUGAGUGGUAUCGCGCUUUUUUGGCACGCUGGCAGCGUAGUCGUUAUUCAGAUUUGAACGCAGAAACUGGCCCCACACCAAGCACCCAACCUGCUGAUGUUAUUUAAAAUGCAGUGAUGAAGAAGUUUGAAUUGAUUGUGAUAAGAGAAGCGGGCUGAUAGAGCUAUCCAGUUGAGGGAUGGAUCACUAAAAAUAUACUUAUCAAUUGUAAUAAAAAUACGAAUAUAUAUAU